UCGACUUUGAUUGUGUGUGGUGAAACAUCCCCAGUGAGACGACUGCGAGUGGACAGCGCAUAAGUCCAUAACUUUUAGUUUUUUUGUUUAUUAUUACCUGAAAGUGAUUUAUCGUUAAAAAAAAUAUUUAAACUCUUUAAUUUGUCAAUCAUUCUACAUCACUGGAAACGUAAAGGCAAUGGCAACGAGACACGCAGUUGUUCCCGACCAAUCGACUAGAUUUUUUUAGGAGGAUUUUUACCAAAGAAAAUUCAUACAAUUAUUGUUCUGGCCGUUUGGAAAGAAAAUAGGCUACCGAAACGAACAAAACGCAGCAGUAACAUUAUUUUCGUUCAUGUUGAGACUUGAGGGGGUUUUCAACUGCUUCAAUUGCGGAGUCUAGACAUCGAAUUGAGAGGACAUUUGGGAGAAGUAGAGGGCUCGCGGACAAAGAGUGGACCGAAUACAUCCCAAGGAUACGAUAAGUUUCACAUACAUGCGUCCCCUUUUUGAAAAUGACAGAGGACAACGGUGCUAUAUAAUUGUAUAGCCAAGCUGUACAAUAUUCUAUAGCACUAUAAAGGAAAGUUUUCCCUCAAAUGAAAGUUCAUAUUUGAUUGACUAUGCUAGAUCUUUAAAGAAACUGGUGGUUGAUUCUUUUUAAUCGACUUAUUCCAUGAGAUAUUGACUUGCAACCGUCCGUCAAAGCAAGGUUUUCCUUGAAAUGCUGUGACCACAUUUUUGUAUUACUCAUUUCCAGUGAAACUGGUGUUUGAACUGUGGUCCGUGUCAGAUGUGGUCAGUGUUGCGGCCAAUGGGUACACGGUCCAGCUGACGGUGCCACUAAAUUCCCAGUUACACGUUUUUUGACCAACACGACCGAAGGAGUUCGUUUAUAUUACGGAUAAUCUGUAUGCCAUUAUGAAUUUCAUAUCCAGGCGCAUUGCCCCACUUUGGCUGGUCCUGCUGGAAUGUCUGCUUCUGUCGACAGCAGAGGAAGAGGUCCUGAUGAACACUAGGACCGAGACGUCAGAUCUCAGAUGGACCAUCUACUCCCGUGACAACCCUCUGUGGGAGGAGGUGAGUGGUCUGGACGAGGAGAACAACAGCGUGAGGACCUAUCAGAUCUGCCAGAUGGAUGGCGCCUCCAGCCAUUGGCUGCGCAGCGGGCUGAUCCAGCGUCGGGGAGCGUCCCAGGUGUACGUGGAGCUGCGCUUCACCAUGAUCGAGUGUUCGUCCAGUGUCACACACCACCGCAGCUGCAAGGAGACCUUCAACCUAUACUACUACCAGGCCGACUCUGACGAGGCUACACCCACUCACCCAUCCUGGAUGGAGAACCCCUAUACUAAGGUGGACACAGUUGCAGCUGACUUCCUGCUGAGGAAGGGCGGAGAGCGUAAGUUCAAUGUGAAGACCCUGCGGCUGGGGCCUCUGUCUAAGAGGGGCUUCUACCUGGCCUUCCAGGCCCAGGGAGCCUGCAUGGCCCUGCUGUCUGUCAGGGUGUUCUUCAAGAAGUGUCCCGCCCUGGUCAGCUCCCUGUCCUCCUUCCCUGAGACUGUGCCCCGAACCCUCGUACAGGAGGCCCAGGGGGUGUGUGUGGACAACGCCGCCCAGCAGGGGCCCCGGCCACGCCCUCCCAAACUCUUCUGUGGAGAGGACGGCCAGUGGGUGGGCCAGCCCACUACUUCCUGUGGCUGUCUGUCCGGAUAUGAGCCCGCUAAUGGACACAGCCGCUGCUCAGCCUGUCCUGUGGGUCAGUUUAGGUCCGCCUCGGGGGGCCAGUGCCAGGCCUGUCCAGGGUUUAGCCAUGCUAUGGUGACGGGCUCACCUGUGUGUCAGUGUCGUCCAGGAUACCUCCGCGCUGACUCGGACACCCCAGACACCCCCUGCACCAGGCCCCCCUCUGCCCCGCGAAGCAUCGUCACCCAGAUUAACGACACCACGGUGACCCUAGAGUGGAGCGAGCCCCAGGACAGUGGUGGCCGGACUGACCUGAGCUACUCUGUGGAGUGUUCUCUGUGUGGGGCCCCCUGGGGCCCCUGCUCUCCCUGCGGGGACAGUGUCAGCUACCGGCCCUCUCAGCGUGGCCUGCUGGGCCGCAGGGUGGUGGUCUGGGGCCUCAUGCCUCACACUACAUACACCUUCUCCAUCCAAGCCCUCAACGGCGUCACCCCGCCCAACGGCAAGGGGGCUCCCAGCGACAGUGUCAACAUCACAACCAGUCACGACGUUCCAGUUCUGGUGUCUGUGAUCAGGAAGAGUAUCUCUACAGAGAGCAGUCUGACUCUCCACUGGUCAGUUCCAGCCCAGCUGCACUAUACUAUCCUGCAGUACCAGCUACGUUACUGUGAGACGGAGCGUCGAGGUGAGGAGCAGGAGCAGUUGUGUAGCUACAGGGAGAGUGACAGUAACCAGGUGGUGCUGAGUGAUCUCCGCAGGGCCACUCAGUAUGACGUGCAGGUCCGGGCUCGCACCAUGGCCGGCUACGGCAGCUUCAGCCCAGCGGCCUCCUUCCGCACCAUGCCUGACGGGCAUGACUCUCCUUCCCAGCUUCUGGUGACCGGUGUCCUUAUCGCCAUGGGAAUGCUGCUGCUUGUUACUGUCAUCACUGUGGCUGUCUUCUGCAUACGUAGACACAGCAGGAUGAAGGACCCAGAGCUGAGUGACAAAAACGGCCAGUACCUCCUGGGCCAAGGAGUCAAGGUCUAUAUUGACCCCUUCACUUACGAGGACCCUAACGAGGCCAUACGGGAGUUUGCCAAGGAGAUCGAUGUUUCCUUUGUCAAGAUCGAGGAGGUCAUUGGUGCCGGGGAGUUUGGGGAGGUGUGUCGGGGAAGACUGAAGGUUCCAGGGAAGAAGGAGAACUACGUGGCCAUCAAGACACUGAAGGGCGGCUACACAGACAAGCAGAGGCGGGACUUCCUGUCGGAGGCCAGCAUCAUGGGCCAGUUCCAGCACCCCAACAUCAUCCACCUGGAGGGCAUCAUCACUGCUUCCUGUCCCGUCAUGAUCCUCACUGAGUUCAUGGAGAACGGAGCGCUCGACUCCUUCCUUAGGUUGAACGAUGGUCAGUUCACUCCCAUCCAGCUGGUGGGCAUGCUGCGUGGCAUCGCGUCGGGCAUGAAGUACCUGUCUGAGAUGAGCUACGUUCACAGAGACCUGGCCGCCCGCAACAUACUGGUCAACAGCAACCUGGUGUGUAAGGUGUCUGACUUUGGCCUGUCCCGUUUCCUCCAGGAGAACUCCUCAGACCCCACCUACACCAGCUCUCUGGUGAGACUUACCCUUCUUCCUCCACACCAAUCCCAUCGUGCAUCUGUUUUAUGGUGUGUGGUUGUUGACUUCCCCUGUCCUCUCGUCAAUCAGGGUGGUAAGAUCCCCAUCCGCUGGACCGCCCCAGAAGCCAUCGCCUUCAGGAAGUUCACCUCAGCCUCCGACGCCUGGAGCUACGGCAUCGUCAUGUGGGAGGUCAUGUCGUUCGGAGAGAGGCCCUACUGGGACAUGAGCAACCAGGACGUGAUCAACGCCAUAGAGCAAGACUACCGCCUACCGCCGCCCCCUGACUGCCCCGCCCACCUCCACCAGCUGAUGCUGGACUGCUGGCAGAAGGAGCGCUCGGCUCGCCCCCGCUUCGCCGCCAUCGUCAGCGCCCUGGACAAGCUGAUCCGCAACCCCGCCUCGCUGAAGAUCGUGGCCCAGGAGGGUGCAGGGCCGUCCCACCCCCUGCUGGACCAGCGGGCCCCCCCGGCCCCCUCAGCGUGUGGCUCCGUAGGGGAGUGGCUGAGGGCCAUCAAGAUGGAGCGCUAUGAGGACAGCUUCCUCCAGGCUGGAUUCACCUCUGUAGAGCUACUGGCCCAGAUCACUGCUGAGGACCUUCUGCGUCUGGGAGUGACCCUGGCUGGACACCAGAGGAAGAUCCUGUCCAGCAUCCAGACUCUGACCAUGACCAAGAGCCCUGGCACCAUACGCUUCUAACCCCAGCACAAUUUACCUUGACCCCCGACCUCUGACCCUCACCCAACACAGACACCAGCACGCACACAGCACAUCGCACACUCAUGGAUCCAGCCAGCACCCUGCUACAACCACACAGUCCCUGACCCUGGCACCAACCGGGCCCAUUCUUAGACGUGAAGUCCAUCAGUGACUGAGCGUAGUGACAGCACCUCAAGUUGAACUAAUUCUAGAUGACCUUCCCUACUACCUGACCAACCUGUCCUUACUGAACAGUCAAGUGAUCAGUCAGGCCUGGUGCCGAGGACUGGUUGAAGGCUGCUGUGCUCUCUAUCCUCGAUGCAGUGAAAAAAAGUAGAAGAGGUAAACGCUUUAUGCAAAACAUCUUUCAGUGAGGACCCAUUACACUUCUUUGCUGAUCUGAAGUUACGGGUUUUACGCGCCCCACCAAACUUCUGGGAGAGCGUGAUCGUCCCCUUUUGAUAGGCUGCUGGAGCCUCUCGGACUGCCUCUCUGGCCAGUUCACCCUCACUCCGCCUCCACUGCUUCACUGCUUGAAUGUUUACCUGUGGUCCUAAACAAACUGGUGAUACCAUUGGAGGAACAGGCCAGUGCCAACGCCAACCCAAGGACUAAAGCUUAUCUAUUGGUGUAUUUCGCCAGUGGCAGACUAGGCUACCGCAACAUGGAUUAUUAAUCCACGGGAAUUAUACGAUGAUGUGGAGGGAUGACACCUUUUUCAGCGGACCUGGAAAAUGUGUGUUUGGACUCUUAUCGAAUCGGCCUCACUUUUUCCUUAGGUUUCAAAAUGGCCUCGGUUUUCCUCAGGUGUUAUGGGUAAUGUAGGCGUUUGGACCAGAACAGACUGUAGUCAUACAAGCCUUCAUUUCCUUAUCUUCUUCAGUGACAAUGUGUGACCCUCCUGGGUCAGUCGUGUGGGAGGAGAGCAGGACUGAGACGUAUCAGCACUUUUAUAUAUUGAACAGACAGAAGUUGGGUUUUUAGUCAGUUCUCUGUCUCUCCAACCCUCCUGUCAGCAGCUACAUUACUUCCUGUGUUUCUCUUGGAGUAUGGCUGGCUGGCAUUUCCACUUCCUGUUGCUGCUGGACUGGGCAGCUCACUUCCACACACUCAGACUGAAGGAGGUCCCUGACCAUUACUUGGGACUUUGACCAGGAAAAAUACCAGUCUGGCCUCAUUAUUUGGUUGAUAUUAUAGGUGGUCCGUUUUUCGUCUUGCUUGAGUGCCAUUUGAUCUUCUAUGUGGACUGAUAUCAAAAUGCCUGUUCUAUAAAGCAGAAAGCCCUCCCUGGGUUAUGUAGUUAGAUCUGCCAUACAGAAGUCUCUUCAGAUGCCACCAUUUUCACAUGUUUGGGGAGAUUGUGUGGUUCCUUGUUACUAAAGGAUUGUGGGAAAUGUGGUCUUCACAUUGAGGAUCUGCUAUGAAAACGGGAACCCCCUCUUUUAUAAAGUUUCCUUUCAAAAUAAUGUAUAGGUAUGUAUGAUUUGAUUCGCCCAUCCUUUCUGUGUGUAAUCUGUACUCGGUCACAAUAAAGACACACACCGGUGUUUAUCA